AUGCCAUUAGAUUCUAUAGCAGACUAGCAAAUUUAAGAAUCAGAAAAUGGUGGUUCUUAAUUCUAAGCUUGCUUUAUUACUUCAAAAAAGAGGAUGGUUGAAACUCCUUUCAUUUUUGGAACUUAUAGUGAAGUAUCAAUUGAAAGUCUAAAAUAAAUAAAAUUAAAAUACAUAGAAGAUUAUGAAGGACUUGUUAAAUAUUUAGCUGAUUUCCAUUUGAUUCAGAAGCAGAAUAAGCCAUGCCUUCUUUGUAUUGACAACCUAGAUCACUAUAUAGAAAAUAAAAGUUUUAAUAAUCUAACUAGAAUGAUGAGACUUAAUUUUGUAAUGACUUUGAUAAAAGAUUGCUAAGAUUUGCUUGAUCCUUGUGCAGUAUUUAAAAUUAAUAAUACAAUUGUAACAUAUCGAUGUAGUUCAACAGACGAAAGUGAUUUCUUAAGAAUAUAUAAUGAAAUGAAUAAGUUUAGCUAGCAAAUAUUUUAUGUAAGCAAAAAAGACUCAGCUUAAUCUAUCACUUGGAAAUUGCUUCAUAAUUGCUCAGACCUUAAGCAUAGUAUUCUAAAUCAAGAUGGGUAAAUGAGAGAAGAGUAAUUUUGGAAUCAUUUGAGGUUUAUUGAGAUGUUCAAGGUCGAUGAAAACCCCUACUUUUUCGAAGAGGAAUUCAACUUCAAAGUGGGUAUAAAGAGAGAUUAUUAGAAUAUGAUUAAAAGUGAGGGUAAUGCGAAUAAUUAAUCUACAGCUGCAUCAGUAAUAAAAGUUGAAGAUGAAUAGAUAAAACAAACUGAAGAUAAAUAAAAAUUCAACCUAGGAAGACCUCAGAGUUACAAAUUUUAAAGAGUAAUCGUAAUGAAUGAGCAGGUAGUAGAAAAUUCGAUUAGUUAUGUAUUUGACCCUAUCCUUAGAGAAAUUAUCAAGCAUUUUGAAGAUAUGUCUAGGGCUGAGGCAAUUGAUGAUGAAUGA